AUGCCAUGUAACAUUGUGCGUGCGCAUUCAAUAACCCAACAUCAUCAAUGCAGCAUCAUCACAGCAUGCCUGUUUCCAUUAUGUGUCAAUCUCUAUCAACUCGGCGACGUUUUGAGCUCAGGGAACGUUUUUCAGACGUUGAACACUAACAUGAAGACAGAUUCUCAACGGAUCUUAUACAAGAACUUACUGCCCCUUUGGCGAUUCAAGCCAAUAAUGACAUCAAAUCGCUUGCCGAUUUUCGCAAUUAUCGAAGACUAA